GUUUCUCACAUCUUUAUGGAUCAAGACUUUUCGUGGUUGCACCUCAAGCCGGACCACGCUUCUCGUCCUCUAUGGAUUAGUCCCGAAGAUGGGCACAUUAUCCUGGAAGCUUUUUCGCCAAUCGCUGAGCAAGCUCAAGACUUCCUCACCGCCAUCAGUGAACCCGUUAGCAGACCGGCGUUUAUUCAUGAAUACAAACUCACGUCCUACUCCCUGUACGCCGCUGUUUCUGUUGGGCUCCAGACGGAAGAUAUCAUUGAAGUCCCCGUUCCAGACAGCAUAACGUCUUUCAUUCGCGAGCGCACUCUAAGCUACGGAAAAGUCAAACUUGUAUUGAAACAUAACAAAUAUUUCGUGGAAUCAAGUCACCCUGAAACACUUCAGCUAUUGCUGAAGGACAAGGUCAUUCGUGAAGCUCGUUUGUUCUCUGUCCAGGCCGAUAGCAGCAUUAAAAGUGCUACUUUUACGACAUCUAAAGCCCCCGUCAGAGGCAACUUGGUUAUUCCUGGGACGAAGGAAGCAGAAAAGAAAGGUGACACGAUCACGAACAAAUUUGGGAUUCCUGGCGGUCCGACGCCUCAUGGCGCGAGCGAUGCGGAGCUAUUCACCUCGGUGGUGGGUGUUGAUGCGGAUGAAAUUGACGAGGAUGACGAGAACGUUCACGCCUUUGAGAUCCACGAUGCAAAAAUUGACGAUGUCAAGAAGCGUUGCAACGAGCUUGAAUAUCCGAUGCUGGAGGAGUACGACUUCCGGAACGAUACGGUUAACGCAAAUCUCGACAUUGACUUGAAGCCUGCAACUGUCAUUCGACCAUAUCAAGAGACAAGCUUGAGUAAGAUGUUCGGUAAUGGUCGUGCUCGCUCUGGGAUUAUAGUGCUUCCUUGUGGAGCGGGAAAGACGCUUGUUGGUAUCACCGCUGCAUGUACCAUUAAAAAGUCGUGUCUGGUACUCUGCACUUCCUCUGUUUCAGUGAUGCAGUGGAAGCAGCAAUUCAUGCAAUGGUCAAAUGUCACCGAUCGACAAAUUGCGGUGUUCACAGCAGAUCAGAAGGAAAAGUUUGCUGGGGACAGCGGAAUUGUCGUGUCGACAUACUCGAUGGUAGCGAAUACUCAUAACAGAUCCCAUGAAUCUAAGAAGAUGAUGGAGUUCCUCACGUCGAGGGAGUGGGGCUUUAUCCUCCUCGAUGAAGUUCACGUAGUUCCUGCAGUGAUGUUUCGCCGAGUGGUCACAACCAUUAAGGCGCACUCAAAACUCGGCCUUACAGCCACCCUUGUCCGCGAGGAUGAUAAGAUAGCAGACCUGAAUUACAUGAUUGGACCGAAACUCUAUGAGGCUAAUUGGAUGGAUCUCGCCGCAAAAGGACACAUCGCAAAUGUUCAGUGUGCGGAAGUAUGGUGUCCAAUGACACCAGAAUUCUACCGGGAGUAUCUCCGGGAGCAGUCACGAAAACGGAUGUUAUUAUAUUGCAUGAACCCUAACAAGUUUCAGGCAUGCCAAUUUCUCGUUAAGUACCAUGAAGGCAGAGGAGAUAAGGUCAUUGUGUUUUCUGACAACGUCUACGCUUUGGAGGCAUACGCAAAGCGCCUGCACAAAUUAUACAUCCAUGGUGGGACAAGCCAGGUAGAGCGCAUGCGGAUUUUGCAAUGGUUCCAACACAGUCCCGAAGUCAACACGAUUUUCUUGUCCAAAGUUGGAGAUACAUCAAUCGACUUGCCAGAAGCCACAUGUCUCAUCCAGAUAUCAUCUCAUUUUGGGUCACGUCGUCAAGAGGCCCAGCGCUUGGGUCGUAUCCUCCGCGCUAAACGGAGGAAUGACGAAGGAUUCAAUGCAUUUUUCUACUCACUAGUCUCCAAGGACACACAAGAGAUGUAUUACAGCACUAAACGCCAACAGUUUCUAAUUGAUCAAGGCUAUGCUUUCAAAGUCAUAACUCAUCUCGAUGGUCUUGAAGACCUCCCAGAUCUGGUCUACAAAACUCGGGACGAACAAAUCGAGCUCAUAUCCUCAGUGUUGCUGGCUAACGAAAGCGAGGCAGAUCUGGGAUCAGACAUUCGAGCAGCAGAAGGAGACCUGGCCGGCACGGUUACAUCCAAAGAUUUCGGUCCUGCCGGACCUAGCAGGUUCCCAACUGCCCAUCGCACCACAGGCUCCCUCACAGCCCUCAGCGGUGCUCAGCAUAUGUCUUACAUCGAGCAAAAUAAAUCAGCGAAUAAGAAACUGGCACGCGAAGCAGCUCCCCGACAUAAACUUUUUGCCAAGCGCGAUAAAGAGAAGGCUGCAGCGAAGAAGGAGGCUAAGGAAGCACGGGCGCGGGUACAGGACUGA